AGGAGGAUGGAGAGAAAGAAACUCUGUUCUGCUGGAAUGUGAUUUGCAGUUCCUCCCUCCGUUUUUUUCUUUCCUUUUUUUUUUACCAGCAAGGGGAGGGUGAGCAGGAAGAAAAGAGGGAAAUAGACCAAAGGACAAACACACACACACACGCCUCUAUGUGCGCACACACACACACACACCCACCCGUGUGCACACGCAUUCACACACGCCUCUACGCACACACCCACACACGCACACACACAGACACACCCUCACACACAUACUCAGACACACGUGUUUGUACGUACACACACACACACCCACACACACACACGCGCGCAGUGGUGAGAGGCGGUGCCGGUGGCCGGUUAGCGCAGUCAUGGUUAGCGCUGCUCAGCGGAUCGCUGCUUUGUGGGAGCGACGUUUCCUGGCGGAGAAACAGCAGCAGUGGUACACCAGGCUCUCCCUGGGGCCCCGUGACCCCGAGUCCGUCUGAGGCGCCCCCCCCUCCUCCCCCCCCCCGCCCAGUUCGGCGGUCUCCUGGAGUUCCCCCGGAGUUUCGGACUUUUUUUUUUUUUUCCCGUUUCCCCCCGCUCACUGCGAACAUCAAACAUGGCCAAGAGCCACCAGCUACACACCGACCCCCCGCUGGCACCCGCCGGGCUCUGGAGACAGCAGAGCGUGACUACUACUGAUUUGUUUGAAAUGAUUGAAAAGAUGCAGAGCAACAGAAUGGACGAGCAGAGGUGCACCCUGCCUCCCCCCCUCAAGACUGAGGAAGACUACAUCCCGUACCCGAGCGUCCAUGAGGUUCUGGGCCGUAAGAGCCCGUUCCCCCUCAUCCUCCUGCCCCAGUUCGGGGGCUACUGGAUCGAGGGCACCAACCACGACCUGAGCAGCGCCCCCAACCCCGAGCAGCUCCUGUCCCCCACGUCCAGGGUCAAGCUGGAGUGCAACACCACCGCCAAAAUCUACAGGAAGCACUUCCUGGGGAAGGAGCACUUCAGUUACUACUCCAUGGACAGCAGCCUGGGCCACCUGGUCUUCUCCAUAAAGUAUGACGUGAUCGGAGACCAGGAGCAUCUGCGGCUGAUGCUCCGGACUAAGUUUAAAACCCACCACGACGUGAUUCCCAUAUCCUGCCUGACCGAGUUCCCCAACGUGGUCCAGAUGGCCAAGCUGGUCUGCGAGGAGGUGAACGUGGAUCGGUUCUUCCCUGUCCUCUACCCCAAGGCCUCCAGGCUCAUCGUCACCUUCGACGAGCACGUCAUCAGCAAUAACUUCAAGUUCGGAGUCAUCUACCAGAAGUUUGGGCAGACCACAGAGGAAGAGCUGUUUGGGAACAGUGAGGAGAGUCCGGCCUUUGUGGAGUUCCUGGAAUUCCUGGGACAGAAGAUUGAGCUGCAUGACUUCAAAGGAUUUCGGGGGGGGCUGGACGUGACCCACGGCCAGACGGGCAUGCAGUCGGUCUACCACAACUUCCGCAACAAGGAGAUCAUGUUCCACGUGUCCACCAAGCUGCCCUACACGGAGGGGGACUCCCAGCAGCUCCAGCGGAAGAGACACAUAGGAAAUGACAUCGUGGCCAUCGUGUUCCAGGACGAGAACACGCCCUUCGUGCCCGACAUGAUCGCCUCCAACUUCCUGCACGCGUACGUGGUGGUGCAGGCGGAGAACCCGUGUUCGGACAACGUGCUGUACAAGGUGUCAGUGACGGCCCGUGACGAUGUCCCGUUCUUCGGGCCCGCUCUGCCUGACCCCGCCUUCUUCAGGAAGGGUCCAGAGUUUCAUGAGUUCCUUCUCACAAAGCUCAUCAAUGCCGAGUAUGCGUGUUACAAAGCGGAGAAAUUUGCCAAACUGGAGGAGCGCACUCGCUCGGCCCUGCUGGAGACCCUGUAUGAGGAGCUGCACAUUCACAGCCAGUCCAUGAUGGGCCUGGGCGGGGAGGAGGACCGGCUGGAGAACGGGGGCGGAGGGGGCGGGGGCUUCUUCGAGUCCUUCAAGCGGGUGAUCCGCAGCAGGAGCCAAUCAAUGGACGCGAUGGGCCACGGUAACAAGAAGCCAAUCACAGUGGCCACUAGCCCGUCCGGCAGCUUUUCACCCGUCCUACCAGAGACCCCCAAAACCCCCGGGAUAUCAUUGCUUGUCCCAGGGAAAAGUCCCAGUAAGUACGGACGGCGUGGGAGUGCCAUAGGCAUAGGAACGAUAGAAGAGUCGUUGAUCAUCCCGGGAAAAAGCCCCACCAGGAAGAAGUCCGGUCCCUUCAGCUCCAGGCGGAGCAGCGCUAUUGGGAUCGAGAACAUCCAGGAGGUGCAGGAGAGGAGCAGAGAGUGCUCCCCCAGCACACAGAAGACUCAAGACAGCGGCCACAUCUCCCAGGACCCCAAAUCUGAAAAUUCAUCCAAUCAGAGCUCACCUGAGGUGCCCACCACAAAGAACAGCUCUGCCAUGUGUUGCAGGGCUCCCUCCAUCCCUGAAGGUCACGACCUUUCGCGCUCAUCCUCCAACGCCAGCAGCUUCGCCAGCGUGGUGGAGGAGAACGAGGCUGAAGCUACGGAGGAGUACGACACCGGCAUGGAGAGCCUGUCCUCAGCAGGAACUCCACACAAGCGGGACUCCUUCACCUACAGCUCGUGGCUGGAGGACAGCAUGAGCAGCGCCAGCACCACCAGCAGGGGGAGCUCUCCAGCUAAGGCUGUGGUGUGUGUACCCACAGCGUCCGGCAGGCCGCCCCAUCCCGAGGGCACUAAGCCCCCCGAUCCGUCCCGCUCUGACAUCCGCAUCAAGCUGGAGCGGCCACAGGACCCCAAGCCUUCAUCGCAUUCCCAUCGGAAACACCCCCUCCAGGAGACGAGGCGACCACGCAUCUUUGGCACCACCAACGACGAAGACGAGGAGGAGGAGGAGGAGGAGGAUGAGGCCGACCCCGGCCACCAGCAGGGGCCGUGAGCCCGGCGCACGGAUCGAGACUGUGAACGCGUACCCUCGGCCCUCCGCGCACCUCCUUUUGCGAACACCAUUUCCCAGCAGGCCUUGUGCAGCACGCUUAGGGGGGACGGAGAGGGGGGGAGGGGCCACAUCUGCACUGUGAUCGUUUUUUUCCCCCGCCGUUCGUCCGUUUCGCUCGCAUGUUCGUGUGAUCGUCCGCUUGCUCGUUCGUUCCUCCUUUCCUUCCUUUCGGGCCUGACACGGCUUUCCUGAAAACAGCACUUUUAAAAAAAAUUUUUUAAAUCUUUUUCUUUACUCUGUCAGUCGGUGGAAGUUUGUUUGUGGAGUAGAUGGCAGUAGAUACACGUCGUCGUGAUUUUUUUUUUUUCGUGGAGCGUCAUCAGGCGUACAGAGUACAGGUCGCACAGGGUGGAGACGCCGUGCCAUUGGACUCCGCGUGGAGGCCGUCCGUCCAGACGCAGCGUCCGGCGCGUGAAUGACGGUACGAUGAGGAGUGGCCUGUCUCACACGACGUCCAAACAGAGCCAGGUCCGCUUUUUAAACAGCCAAGGGACGACCCGGUCCCGUCGACUUUAAAUCUCUUUCCAUUGAUCGCCAACGCACGUGUACAGUUUAUCACCCAAAUGCAGCACUGUGUAUUCAGAGUAGAUGUUAGUUACAACUGGUACCAAUGAUGUUGGAUAUAAUUUAUUCACAAGUGAAUGUCCUCAUUGUCUGUCUACUGAUUAGAGGGGUUCAAGGACAGAGAUCCAAAUCUCAAUCUGCUGGUAUAGAGUAGUACAGCAGAAACUAUCGCCCUUACCAAUAUGGUACAAUGAUGUAAGCCUUACUGCAUUCAUUAACCUCUCUGGCCUGAUUAAAUUAAACACGCAGGCAACCCCAGCCUCGCAUAUUUAUUAUAAGUGUACAGAUGCUGGUUGUGUUUCACACUUAACAGGCUUAUGGGGGGUUAAGGUGUUUUUUGGGGAAACAGACUCUCACGGUGAGGUCAGAAGGCCCCAUCGAGCCCUGUGAGACAGGUCACCUGACACAACAACGAAAUUUGACAAAAUCUCACAACAGUUUUGGGCCACAGGGGCUUACCGGGUGUCAGUUACGCUAGCCUGCCCAGCACUAAGGAACCUGCCCAAACUGCUACACCCUACAAUGGAGUAACUAACUGCAGGCCGGAGGAUUGUUGUGUUUUGAAUAUUUAAAAAGUGAUUUGUAAGAGGACAGCCUGAGGCUGAGCUUUUUUCUCUAAACAGAUGCUAGUGAACCAUUCACUCAGGCAGGGUGAAAUCUUGACUCUGAUGUGACUCUGCAGACAGGGUUUUCUCAGAAGCACUCUGGGAGACAACCGUCGGCUGUUUUUUUCGAGUUAACGGUGGCGGUUUGUUUAAAACACACGCUGUGUGUUGUGGGGCAGGUGAAUCACAGGUGUGCAGGCGUGGGGGGGAAGUAGUUGAGGUGAUUGAUUGACAUUACGUAGGCUGUUACUGGGCAGUGCCUGUCUCCACGAACCCUGUCAAUGCCUGGGCAGGGAUCCUCCAAUCCAGAGUAACUACUGCUGAGGACACGCAUCUAAACUUCACUUUUUUUUAAACUGAAUUGUGAAUUGUGUAUUUCAGUUUGAUUGUAUGUGUUCUUUUCAGAUGUACAUAUUGUGUGUGACAACAUUUAUGUUUGUGAUUCUACGUGAGCUGCAGCUAUGCUGGACCAGACCUUUAGCGAAGGGGCCUUGUUUGUGUGGUCUACGGACAGCCCUACUCCUCCAGCCUGCAGCUUCGCACCUCAAACUAAGGACACAAACGUGGAUUCUUAAUGAGAUGUUCCAUUUUAUAGCAGCUAAAGUCCAUUAUGGUGGGUGGUGGUGGUGGUUUAUGCUUUUCAUUCGAGUCAGUUUGACCUCCGAAACAGCAGGUGUAGCUGUGUUUUAUUUUAUUGUGCGAUUAUUGACCUUUCGUUUACUUUGCAUGAAGUGUGGCCGCCCAAGACGAGGCCAAAAAAACAAACAAAAAAAUACUGUGCACUAAAUAAACAUAGAAAUGUAACAUCGAUACUGUGAAGUUCUUUGAGGUUGCCUUUAAACGAAUUACCGUCCUCUGCCAUGGCUAUAAGUGAGAAAAAAAACACAAGCAAACAUAAAAAACACCAGAGUAGCAAUCAGUCUGAAUGUAGAACUAAUGUGAUCAUUUUAGCAUUUAAGCCAUAAGGAGGAGGAUAUGUCUAUAGCUUUGGUACCAUAAAAUGUCUAUGGAGAAUUGCCUUGCAUUAUGAAUAUUUUCAACAGCAACAAAAAAAGAAGUAUGAUUUUAUGAUUAUUUAUUUGGAGGAUAAUGACCAACCAACCCUUUUUAUUGUUACCGAUCAUUUGACUUUAUAUCCCGUAGCAGAUGUAUGGAUGGAGGUUUUUUGCGAGACACGAAAAAGACGAAAUGUGCGUUUAUUUCCACCCCCGUAUCAGAUCUGUGGACAUCCUGACUGAAGCUAGCUUAUAUAGCGCGCCGCGCGAUCCUGAAAAACUCAUUCAGACUGUGUACAUUUGAACUGAGGCGGUUUAUAUAUAUACAAACCAUUCCUCGUCUGACUCCUUACCAUCGUCCUCUCACCUCCCUGUAUGAUGUCAGCGAAGGCACGCGUUUGACCGUCGUUUGAUUCGACGAGGCUUUAGACAGGCAUCAAAGACAGGCCUGGCACUAUGCUAAUGUAAUGCUACGAAUUGGGUCACUGCCCUUGUCUUGAAAUAUCACUUUAUCUACUGGAAGCCAAACGAAACAUUUAAUGCAAUUCCAGAAUGAAUCGUGUCAAAUUAUCAUAGAAGUCUUGACCUUCUCCGUAAUGCAUAAAAAGCAGUGGUAACAGACUAGCAAUAUCAGUAAGAUUAAUCUGUGUCAUGUGAAGCUUCUUACGCUGGUGUCAUGAAUGUUUUAUGGUUUUUAAGUAGACCGACUAGAUGCUUUCAAGAUUUCUAAACCGCGUAUAGGCCUGUGGCGCCCUCUAGUGUAAAGAACUUGUACAUGGCCAUUAUUUUGUGCGGUAUCUGUUUUCCCGUGUUAUGGUGUGGUAGCUCCACCUGGGCGUAGAGCGAAGCGCAUAUCCAUCCGUUCUACUGACCGCCGGACAGCUGGCCUUCCCAAACGGAAGCUGUCACCAACCCACCUCUGCACUACACUGUCCUCCAUUCAAAUGAUUGUAUUUGUGUUCUGUUGGGUUAUUAAAAUGCUGAAGUGAGUUCUUGUAUCAAAGUCUUAUUGUAAAUAUUGCUCUUUUUUUCUUUUGUAAAUAAUGCCAGAGGGAAUAAAAAAAAGACUGGAAUAAAGAAAUCUGGGUAUAUGA